AUGGACGCCGACGAAAACUCUAGACCUGCGAGUCGCGACUCCGAGUCGCGCCCCUCGACAGCCCACCGCGUCGGUGGUUCCUCCUCAUUCCUCGGCCCCGCUGAUUUCGACGACUCGACCGUAUCGCCAGUAAAAGGGGGGAACGAUAAGACAGACGAUGAUAUUCCUGGGCGGUCAGGCAAUGUGACACCCCUCCGACGAAACGACUACCCCUCGCUGCCGCCCGCAAACAAUGCCCCUGAGGUCAGCUUUGUUGAGGGUGCGACCUUUGACGACACCCGCCACGGCGACGAUCAUGCCGAAACUGCCGUCCGAGCCCAUCUUCAGGAUGUCGAGUCAAGCUUCAUGUCGCGCCUGUCGCCUCUCCCGACUGUGACAACCACAGGCGCCGACGACACUUAUCUGUUUGAUGGUGCCUCUUCCGGCCGAACCAAAUCACCAACAAAUCGACCCUUCGCCCCAAGAGCUCACACCGACAGCGGCCGGCCCGAAAACGAACUGCCUCAAUUGCGACCCAACAGUGUCCACACUGCCGAUGUCAGCAACACGACCUCUUCACUCGAAACUCUCUCUUCCUCCCCGACAGCCGCAGCAGCCCGGCGGACCGUGUCCCGCGCACUCUCGAGCCUCAGUAAUGACCCUCGACGCCAGACUUCUGCCAACCUCGCCCACAGCGCUGAAGCGACCGACGAUGACCAGUCCGGCGCUGACUUUUCCAUGUCGCAGUCUGACGCCUCAGGCGACCAGAGCACGGAUAGGGGCUCCGUAGAUGUCGGCAGUACCCCAGGGCAUGCACUUCGAUACGGUAAGCGGCCCAAGUACCUUCGCAGCCGCGGCACAAGCCAGCGUUCCUCGACAUCCUCAUUCGUCACGAACCCCGAGUCCCACGACGAUCUCGACAGCGAAGGCAUGGCGGGGCUCGAAAUUGACUAUGCUCUACAGUCGGGCGGUGCUACUGGGCCCAUCAUGUCUCGUACCAUGAGCAACAUACUCUCGCGCACCGUGAGCAUGGGAAGCAUGGUCUCGGGCAUGGGCAUAGAUGAUACUCCGGAGCCUGGCGCGACGCCUUUGGAGACGCUGGAGGAGGUCGAGCGAUCCCCACACAAUAGGCCCCUGAAUGAGGACCUCAUGAAGACGCCAAAGCCUUCCAAGGAAAAUCUUUCGGCGCCGACCGACACAGUGAUCGCACGUCACGUUAGGAACGUCCAUGUGCCUGAGUCCCUGGCCAAGGAGUACCGAAGUAAAAGCGGACUCACAACGCCACGAAAACCCUCCGACAUGACGCUUGUGGGUUCCGGCCGCUCAGGGAAGAACCUGACGCUCAAGGAACAGAGCAGUACCAUUGAACGUCUGUCCAAGGAGAAUUUUGAUCUCAAGCUCAAGGUCAUGUUUCUCAGUGACCGUCUUGAUAAGCUUUCCGAAGAGGGUGUUAAGGAGAUGAUCUCCGAGAACGUCGAGCUCAAGACGAGUCUUGCCGUCGUCACGCGGGACAAUAAAGCGCUUCGGAGACGCGUCAGAGAGCUAGAGAAGAAGCUCAAGGAAGACGAAGACCGUCCGAGUACGGCGCGGAGCGGCGCAUCAUCCAAUGACCAGACUGCCCACUUUUUUGACCACGAGGCGAACGAACGUGAAGAGGAGCUCAUCUACUUGCGAGAGCGCGUUGAGGACAUGUCUAAAGAGGCGGAGAAGCGCAAGUUGACUGAGGUGGUCAAGUCGCUCGGGGAACGCACUGGCGAGAAUCUCGGUCGACAGGAGGAGGCUGAUGUCUGGAAGGAUUUGCUGGAGCAGGAGACCGCCCGGCGCGAGCAGGCCGACGAGGACAACAAACGCAUGCGUGAUGAAAUCUUCCGCCUGAAGCAGGAGAUGACUUCUUCUCAUGGAGGGAGUGGUGGCGAAGAAUCGACAGGUAUCCCCGAGCCGCCCGAUAUCCGCCUCUCGGGCGAUUUGGACUCGAACACCAAUGGUGGGUUCAGCAGCACGGCGCCAACAUUGGUUGAGGAGUUGCGUCGUGAGAGCGAGCAGCUGCGACACGAAAAUGCCGAAUUGCGACGCGAAGUUGGCGCUCAGACGUCCAUGCUCACGUCCAGGAAUCGCGAGAAGGAGCGUUUGUACCAAGAAAUCGAGGACCUCAAAAUCGCCCAACGCCGCGGCGGACCCGCCCUGUCGGCAGUUGACAGCUUGCUUGAGCGGUCAGCGUCCCGGGCUGGCGGCCAUCAUCGGUCCAUGUCACGCACUAGCAUUUCAAGGACGCAAAUCACCGAAGCCGACGAAGCCGAGAGGGAGCAGCUCGAAAACGACCUCUCGGAAGCUCGUGAUCGAAUCAACGAGGUCAAAUUGCACAACCAGGAACUGCAGAGGGAGCUCGACGGCUGCAUGGAAGACUUUGAAACGGCAGUUGACGCCAAACAGCAAGCCGAAGAGGCUGCAACGGCUCUGCAAGAAGAUCUAGAAACAGCUAUGGCCGAUCUUGUUGCACUGCAGGCCGAGCGCGAUGAAGCCCUCCGAGAACAAGCGGACAUGGAAGCCGAGUUUGAGGCACUCCGGAAAGAAGCCCAAGAAGAAAUUGACGCGCUCGAGAAUGAAGCCGAUCAAAAAGGAGAGGAGAUGCAGCGACUGCAGUUGGACCUCAGCAUUCGGUCCUGA